CACACUUUUGCCCACAGUUGUUCCCCACUACUUCCUCAUAACCGUCUCAGUGCUUCAGUUCAUCAUGGGAGGCCACAUUGUUGGUUUAUGUUUCUUUCUCUGCUCUCUUAUAACCAAAGGUUCCAGUUCACAACAAAUAUUCAUACAGACCAACCACGAUCUUCAUUUGCAUGUCCCAGAGAGUCAAAUAGGAUCAGAUAUAUUUUAUUGGAAAUUCAAUACCACCAACAAUAUAGUAAGACUGACUGGAGACAAACCCACCCAGGUUCUAAGUACAGAAGACAGAGUGGAGUUCUUCCCUCAGAAUCUGUCUCUGAUUCUGAAAAAUGUCCAACUCAGAGACACUGGGACCUACUCAGCUGUGGUGUCUGGAGAUGCUAAAGAAGAAACAAUCGCCACAUUUGAGGUCACAGUUGAAGACCCAGUGUCUCCAGUGGAGCUGAGUGUGUCCUCUGUGUCCAACAGCUCAGAGUCGUGUAACUUCACUGUGAGCUGCACAACUGAACUCUACAACAUCAGCCGCUCUUUCACCUGUGACACACACAACUCCAGAUGUGAGGAGCAAACACCACAAACACCUGGACACACCUCCCCCUCUGGACACGCCUCUUCUCUGCACCUUUACCUGUCUGACCAGUCAAUCAUCUGUAACCAUAGCAACCACGUGAGCUGGACCAAUGACACCAGAGCCAUACAGUCAGUGUGUCCAAAGCCUGAUCCCAAACCUCAACCUGUACCAGACUGGAUAAUUGCACUUAUUUGUGUUGUGAUUGGAGCGCUGUUUAUAUUUGUAGCCAUUGUACUGUAUUGCAAAAAAACAACACAGUCGAACAAUAAACAUGUGGCAGAAAAUACGAUUUAUGCUGAGGCUGAGCCGCCUGAUCCGAGCACACGCAUCUCUUCAGAGGAUUGUCCGUCCUCCAUGUACAGUUUGGUGGGACCCCACACUGCUCCUGCUCCUGCUGCUGCUCCUGCUGCUGCUCCUGCUGCUCCUGCUGCUGCUGCUGCUGCUGCUGCUCCUGCUGCUGCUCCUGCUGCUGCUCCUGCUCCUGCUGCUCCAGACCAGACUGUAGAGAGUCUGUACGCCAAAGUGGAGAAACCCUCUCGACAUCAGUCCUAGUGUCUGCCCUGGUUAUGAAGCUUGUAUCCAUUUUCUUCUGCUUCAGCUGAGGACGAGGAGAGAACAGAAGUCUGAUCAGGCAUGUUUAGACUCUGGUACCACUUUAUAAUCAUCACUUUUAUUAGCCUUAAUAAAACCUGAACAAAGACUUCAUUCAUAAUGAGCAAAUCGUUUAUUGAGAAGAUUCAGGAUUAAUAACUUUGUGUCAGGGGUUCAGGUUUGGACUAAGGGUUUGGGUUUUAAUUAAGUAAUGAAUUCGUUUGACUUUAUUGAUCCACAAGUGAAAUGAUUUGGACACAGAAUCUCACACAUCACAAUAUAAAACAAAAAGCACAAAUAUAAAUGAUAAAUAAAUGAUAAACGACUAAAUGACUAAACCUGAAUUCUUCUUAAUAAACCAUGUGUUCAUUAUGAGUUAAGUGUUGUUAUUAUCAUAGUGUUACCCAGACUUCCCUCACCCCAGACACUUCCCCAGCUCCUCCAGGGGUAAAAGAGUCACAGUCCCUCCAGGGUGUCCUGGGUCUCCCCGGGGCCUCCUCCUGUGGGACGUGUCCAGAACAUCUCCCAACACCAGCACCAGGUGCCCGAGCCUCCUCAGCCGCUCCUCUGGUUAAGGAGCAGCAGCUCUACUCUGAGCUUGUUGUAGGCCAACAAGUGUUCACUGGAGAAAUUAUGAUGAGAUGAUCGACUCUGUGCAGCAGCAUGCUAGCUAACUCACCGUGUCUCAAAACUAAUGCUAAUGUUUAUUAAAAGAAUAAAAUAUGAAAUAAACAAUCUAUUAAAGUAUCUACUCUGUAAUCUGUUAAGUAAAAUAAAGACUAUUUGAUAGUUUAUAUGUAGAUUGCAUCAGUUUGGAGCAUUAUUAUUAUAAUAUAUAUAUAAUAUGUAUGUAUAUAUAAUAUAGAUAAUAUUUAUUAUGGUGUUAGCGUUAGCGUAGCAGACACAGACAUCUCCAUCUCAUUUGUUUUCUUUGACAUUUUGGAAUUCUUGAAUUUCCUUUGGAAAGACAGUAUCUAUGUAUGUUGUGGGUGUCAGGUGCCACCUGUCUGUGUCGACUCAGCAGAAUCUCCACAGAUCUGCAGAAAUCUGUGACUCAUGGAACAGUUGUUAUGUAUUGUUAUUGUAUUGUAGUAAUUCUGUAGUUUGGGGAUGACUCCAGAUUUAAAUGUGAUUUUUCAGCACUCUUAUAUAUUUGGAUAUUCCAUUUUUACUGGUUUUGCCUCUGGUUGUACAUGAACAAAAAGAGAGAAAGUGUUCAACUUGAAUUUUUGAGGUCUGGAUUGUAAAACAGGCUGAGUUCUUCUAUUAAACAUGAUAACUUUAAAUGUGA